AAGAGUGUUUUAAAUGUACAUGAAAGAAUACACACUGGGGAGAAACCUCACUGUUGUACAGUGUGUGGAAAACAGUUUAGAACAAAUAAUAGUUUAAAAAAGCAUGUGAUAAUACACACUGGAGAGAAACCUUACAGUUGUACAGUUUGUGAAAAACAGUUUGUAACAAAGAGUGCUUUAAUCGUACAUGAAAGAAAACACACUGGAGAGAAACCUUACAGUUGUACAGUGUGUGGAAAACAGUUUGUAACAAACGGUGUUUUAAAAAUGCAUGAAAGAAUACACACUGGAGAGAAACCUUACAGUUGUAUAGUGUGUGAAAAAGAGUUUAGAUGGAGGACUCAGUUAAAUGUACAUGAAAGAACACACAGUGGGGAGAAACCUUACAACUGUACAGAUUGUAGAAAACAGUUUGUAACAAAAAGUGUUUUAAAAGUACAUCAAAGAAAGCACACUGGAGAGAAACCUUACAGUUGUACAGUGUGUGGAAAACAGUUUGUAACAAACAAUGUUUUAAAAAUACAUGAA